AUGGAUCUUGCUAACACGCUCAUUCGGAGCGUUGUCCGCGCCUUCUAUGAGACCCGACACAUCUUAGUAGUCGAUGCGCUUUUCCUUCACUCGGUUCUCCACGCGGAAGACCUUGCCUUCGUGAUGGGGAUGCAGCAGAAGGAUCUUCGCAAACUAUGCGCUCGAUUGCGAGAGGACCGUCUGAUCGGAGUAAGCACGCGUGCCGAAAUCCGCGAUGGGUCCACUCGUCCAGUCAACCGUGAAUACUACUAUAUCCCACUCCACCCAGUCGUCGAUGCGAUCAAGUACAAAGUCUCGAAAUUGACCUCCACAAUCAAAGCCCAAUACACACCGAGCGAGGAGCGGAAAGAAUACAUAUGUCUCCGCUGUGGAGCUGAGUGGACUGAACUGGAUGUGCUGAGCCUUGUCUCCGAUGAAGGUUUCGAGUGCCAGAACUGCGGGGCGGUCCUCGAGCGAACAGAGGAUGUCAAGGGCGUGGAGGGCAUCGAUCGAACAGGACACGAGAAGAACAGCAAGCUGAUGGCUCAGUUGGACAACAUGCUCAAGUUACUCAAGCAGAUCGAUUCCGUCGAGAUCCCCCCCAACGACUUCGAGACAGCCUGGGAUCACAAAGUCGAGAUCGCCCGGAACCAGAAUACACACCCCGUUCGCGCUGCGGUCGCCGUGGCGCCCAGGCAGCAAGACGUCACACGUACCAAUCUCAGAACGGACGCCGCCGCCCUGGAGAUCUCACUUACAUCAUCCGAAGAGAAGAGUGCCGCUGAACAGGCUGCCGAGGCUGCCCGAAAGGCAGCUCUGGAGAAGCAGAACCAACUGCCUGUUUGGCAUACAGAGUCUACUGUCAAGCGUGAAGCAGCUGCCGACGGCCAGAUCAAGAACGAGGCUGGCGUAUUUGUGAAACCGGACCUGGGAGACGAAGACCAGAAGCCCAGCCUGGAUGCACUGGACGACAAGGUCGCCGCCUACUACGAAGAAAUGGCACGCGAAAAGGCCCUGCAAGCCGAGGCAGAUGCUAGCAGUGGCGAAGAAGACUCUGACGACUUCGAUGAAUUCGAAGACGUCGGCAUCUCAGGCCCAAGUGGUCCAGCCACCCCUGCAACAGCGGCUGGUCCAACCAGUGUUCCCACGCCCUCUUCUGCCUUGGUUGGCAUCAAGCGUGAUCUUGAUACUGCCUCAAGUGGCGUCCCGUCUUCUGCUGGAACACCGUCUACCCUAGCCGAUGAUGAGCCUGCCCCUAAGAAGGUCAAGACUGAACCUGGUGUCACCACUGCACCCAGAAUUAAGCCAGAUCCUGCUGUGAAGGCCGAGCCAAGUGUCAAAGAAGAGGAAUCGGAUGAGGACGAAGAUGAGUUUGAGGAUGUUUGA